AUGGUCGAAUUGUUCGAUAGGCAAGGCAAUUCUCAUCCUUGCCGAGUUCUCUUAGAUAAUUGUUCACAAUCUAAUUAUAUAACAGAAAGAAUGGCCUCUCGUCUCAAUUUAAGGAGGCAAUCGGUUGACAUUACUGUCACCGGAUUGAAUUUAGCUUCUAGUAAUAUUACUGAAUCAGUAGGUGCUAUUUUCAGGUCUCGAUUCAAUAGAUUUGCGAAAAGGAUUGAUUUCCUAGACGUCCCAUAUAUUACAGGGACCCUUCCAUCGAUUCCACUUAAACGUGACUUGAUUAAAAUUCCGUCAAACAUUAGGUUGGCUGAUCCUGAAUUCUACAAACCAGCAAAUGUCGAUGCUCUUUUUGGAAUACAGCUGUUCUAUAAACUCUUAUGUUCAAGAGAUCAAUUAGAAAUUCAAGGUCAGAAAGCUGUGUUACAAAAGACCCAAAUUGGUUGGAUAAUUGCAGGAGAAGUGUCGUUGAAUCGUUCGAAAUCAAGCAUGACUAUGUGCCACUUGAUAAUGAAACCGAUGCAGAAUGAUGCUACUGAUUCUGAGCUCACUCGGUUCUGGGCACUCGAGCAAGUCCCAUCUAAUCAAUUUUUAUCGCCAGAAGAACAGGCUUGUGAGUCUCAUUUUUCUGAAAAUGUGAAACGCAAUGACGAACUCACCUUCUUUCAAUGCAAUUCAAAGGUGAUUCCAUGCUUUGGAAUACAAGUUUUCGAGAAACCCAUCUAUUAA